AUGCCCAUCUUACUCUUCCUGAUAGACACGUCCGCCUCCAUGAACCAGCGCACCCAUCUGGGCACCACCUAUCUGGACAUAGCCAAAGGCGCUGUAGAGACUUUCAUGAAGCUCCGAGCCCGAGACCCGGCCAGCAGGGGAGACAGGUACAUGCUGGUCACUUUCGAGGAGCCUCCCUACGCUAUCAAGGCUGGCUGGAAGGAAAACCAUGCAACGUUUAUGAAUGAACUGAAAAACCUUCAAGCUGAAGGACUUACGACUCUUGGCCAGUCCCUAAGGACAGCUUUUGAUUUAUUAAACUUAAAUAGAUUAGUAACUGGCAUAGACAACUAUGGGCAGGGACGAAACCCCUUUUUUCUGGAGCCAGCAAUAAUUAUAACAGUUACUGAUGGAAGUAAAUUAACUACUACCAGUGGAAUACAGGAAGAGCUCCAUUUGCCCCUCAAUUCCCCUCUACCUGGAAGUGAGUUGACCAAGGAACCCUUUCGAUGGGAUCAGAGGUUAUUUGCUUUGGUUCUCCGUUUGCCUGGUAUUACGGCACCAGAAUCGGAACAGAUGACAGGGGUACCAGUGGAUGACUCUGCAAUUACACCUAUGUGUGAAGUUACAGGAGGUCGAUCAUAUUGUGUGUGCUCUCCAAGAAUGCUGAAUCAGUGUCUUGAGUCAUUGGUGCAAAAAGUGCAAAGUGGAGUAGUAAUAAAUUUUGAAAAAGCCGGACCAGAUCCCUCACCAAUUGAUGAUGGACAGGUGGAAAUAUCUAGACCCUUUGGACCCCAACCUUGGCACAGCUGUCACAAACUUAUUUACGUGAGACCAAACCCUAAAACUGGGGUUCCUAUAGGUCAUUGGCCUGUUCCUGAGUCCUUCUGGCCAGAUCAAAAUUCUCCAACACUGCCACCCCGCACAUCUCAUCCUGUGGUGAAAUUUUCCUGUACUGACUGUGAGCCGAUGGUCAUUGACAAACUGCCUUUUGAUAAGUAUGAGUUAGAACCUUCACCGCUGACCCAGUUUAUCCUGGAAAGAAAAUCCCCUCAGACCUGCUGGCAGGUAUAUGUGAGCAAUAGUGCAAAAUACAGUGAACUUGGUCAUCCUUUUGGUUACUUGAAAGCAAGUACAGCGCUGAAUUGUGUGAAUUUAUUUGUGAUGCCUUACAAUUAUCCAGUCCUCCUUCCACUGCUAGAUGAUUUGUUUAAAGUACACAAGGCAAAGCCUACAUUGAAAUGGCGGCAGUCAUUUGAAAGCUAUUUGAAGACAAUGCCUCCAUAUUAUCUUGGGCCUUUGAAGAAAGCUGUGAGAAUGAUGGGAGCACCAAACCUUAUAGCUGACAAUGUGGAAUAUGGACUUAGUUACAGUGUCAUUUCAUAUCUCAAAAAGUUGAGUCAGCAGGCCAAAAUAGAGUCCGAUAGAGUCAUUGGCUCUGUAGGCAAAAAGGUAGCGCAAGAGACUGGAAUUAAGGUCAGAAGCAGAUCACACAACCUGUCUAUGGCACAUAGGAACGAUUUUCAACAUCUGCUACAGGGGAUUACUGGGGAAAUUCCUCAUAGACCUCUAGACCUCAAUAUGAAGGAGUAUGCUGGGUUCCAAAUAGCUUUGCUGAAUAAGGAUCUGAAACCUCAGACUUUUAGAAAUGCUUUUGACAUACCCAGAAGAAAUCUUCUGGAUCAGUUAACACGAAUGAGAUCUAAUUUACUGAAGAGUACUCGCAAGUUCCUCAAAGGACAAGAUGAAGAUCAAGUUCACAGUGUACCUAUAGCACAAAUGGGAAACUACCAGGAGUAUCUAAAACAAAUACCUUCUCCGCUCCGAGAGCUUGAUCCUGAUCAACCCCGAAGGCUUCAUACUUUUGGCAAUCCGUUCAAACUGGACAAAAAGGGAAUGAUGAUAGAUGAAGCAGAUGAAUUUGUGUCAGGACCUCAAAAUAAGCAUAAAAGACCAGGAGAACCAAAUAUGCAAGGGAUUCCGAAAAGACGACGUUGUAUGUCCCCCCUGCUCAGAGGCCGACCUCAAACUCCUCCGAUUGUGAACAACCACAUUGGAGGAAAAGGGCCACCCACACCAAUCAUGCAAGCACAGCCUGACCUUGUUAAACCUAUUCCCAUUCACAAAACAUCAGACACAAAUAAUGAGGUUACAGGAGAUGAUGUGGUUGAGAAUCAUGUUGCAGACCCACUUUCACCAGGUGUUUUCCCAAAUACUGUGGAUUCAGAGUUUUCCAUGCCAUCUUCUCCUUUCAAUUCAUUGGCUCGACCAGCAGCUCAUACAGACAAUGCAGGCCAUGAACAUUUAGGGAACAACCUGAAUGUUGAUGGAUUUAUGGAAAAUCAUGAGGAAUCGGGUAGCAAAGAACAAAGUACUGAAGAGAACUUGCCUGUGUCUUCACCCAGCAAAAGGAAAAAAACUGCACCUUGCAGAAGUUCCAGAGAGAUUAAUACAGAGCUAAGAGCACAAAUUAUGAAAGAGAUCCGAAAACCAGGAAGGAAAUAUGAAAGAAUCUUCUUUUUACUGAAGCAUGUCCAAGGAAGCUUACAAACCCGACUGAUAUUUUUACAAAACGUUAUUAAAGAAGCUUCAAGGUUUAAAAAACGAAUGCUGAUAGAACAGCUUGAGAGUUUUCUGGAAGAAAUCCAUCGCAGAUCCAAUCAGGUCAACCAUAUCAACAGCAGCUAAGGAACACUGCACACAAGACAAAGCCACAGCAGGGCACUGCUGUCCUUACUUGCAUUCAUUUUUGACAUGCACUCUUAUCUCAAGUUCAUGUACCUGAAAGAAUGAGAAGCUGCUCUAUAAAAUUAUGAGAAAAGUAUCCAUCGUC